AUGAGGCGCUGUAGAGGGCCUUUUCUUCCUCCGGUGAGAGAGCACCGAAUCGAAGAUCAUCGAGGACUGUCAGAUCGGUACAUCGAGGUGCUUCGAAUUCGUUAUCUGCAGCAACAUGCAAAUGCGAUCCUAGGAGGCCAGAGCCUUGAUUUUGGGACAUCUGAUCUUUUUGGUUGUGCUCAUGUUGGUGUGAUGGACUUGCUGUGGUUCCCACAAAUUUACCAUAGAAAGAGUGGUGCCAAUACAAUGGGCAGCAAAACUUUGUUUAAAUGGUUGAAACAAAUCAUGACUUCCCAACUUGAGCAGCUGUUAAAAGCUGAAAAGGAAAUACAGAAAGAUAUUCUCAUAUUUCAUUCCACAACAGCCGAGUACACCAAUGGCUUUCGGCAUGAUCACACCACCUUUGGUCUCAUGGUUGCUAGAUUAGUCUCCGCGAACCAGUUCAGGUCAGCUGAGGCGUUACUUGAUAGGAUGAAGGAGGAGAAGUGUAGUGUUACAGAAGAUAUAUUCCUCUCUGUUUGCAGAGGGUAUGUCUGCGUUCACAGGCCACUGGAUGCUGUCAGGGUCUUCCACAAAAUGGAGGACUUUCAGUGCAAACCAACCCCGAAAUCUUACAUUACCAUACUUGGCAUUCUCGUUGAAGAAAACCAGUUAAAGAUUGCUUUCAGUAGUUCCAUGGGUGCAGCUCUUCGAAUAUUUUGUGAGAUGCCCAAUCAUGGGUGCCCCCAAGAUUCAGAUACAUAUGGUACUUUGAUUAAUGGAUUGUGCAAGUUAGGAAAGAUUGGUGAAGCAAAGGAGCUCUUCAAUGAGAUGGAAACAAAAGGUUGUUUGCCCUCUGUUGUUACCUCUUUGAUGGAUGGACUUUGCAAGGGCGGGCAUUCUUCACAAGCAAUGGAACUAUUAGGCUUAAUGGUCAGUAAGCGCCAUAAGCCAAACAAUAUUACUUAUAGUACUUUGCUUCACGGAUUCUGUGAAGAAGGAAAGCUUCAAGAAGCUUUGGAGAUUCUAGAUAGGAUGAAGCUUCAAGGCAUGAAACCAGAUGCAGGGCUGUAUGGGAAACUGUAUCUUAGCAUGCGUACCAGGGGUAUCUCCAUAAAUAUGAAGACAUUUGAUACUCUAGUGAAAUGUAUCUGGAAGAAGGGGGACCUGCACAAAGCGUAUCAAAUUGUUGACGAGAUGGUGCUUGAUGGAUGUGUUCCAGAUGAGGGAAUAUGGAGUUCCAUGGUGGAUGGGUUUUGGAAUUGCAAGAAGGUGCGUGGACCUGCUGAAUUGUUGCAGGCUGAGCUGAUGAGCGAAAUGGUUGAUCCAGAAACAUAA